AUGCCAUCCUCAACCUUGAAAGAUAGCAAGCCUGACGGUCCCCGACGAGUACCGUUGUCGGCAACAGACGUCAAGAAUGGCACGUAUUCGACUCCGGCUCUGCAGAUGGCUCUUGAAGGGCUACACCAAGAUGGAAUGGUCAUUCUGAAGAACGUGGUUGACCCUGAACACUGUGAUAUCUUGCACAAGCAUAUGAGUGGUGAUAGAGACCGCAUCUUGAGAGAACGACAUGCCGGUGCAAAGGUGUAUAAUCAAGGAGUCAAGUCCAAUAUCUUACAAGCACCCCCGUUCACGAAGCCUGAAUUAUUGUUUGAGGAUGUCCAUUUCAACCCUUUCGUCGUCCAAGUAAUGAACGCGUAUUUGGGGCAUCUGCCCAAAUGGAUCAUGUCUACAGGCAACAACGCCUUGGCUGGGACAGGGGGCCUCCGACAACCAGUACACAAAGACACUCGCUUCCGCCACCCAAAAUGCCCAUUUGUGAUCGUUUCCAAUACUGCCUUGAACGAUUUCACAUUGGAAAACGGUGCGACGGAGUUCUGGCUUGGUACGCAUGCCUUCACCGACGAACGGGACCAAACUGUCGCCACUCCUGAGACCGCCUUUGGCAAGCAAGUGGUCGGCACGCCAUCUUGUCCUGUGCUCGAGGAUGUGAUCGAAGCUCGGAGGGCGGUUCGUCCACCCGUCCGGGCUACCAUGGCGAAAGGCGACGUGAUGCUUCGAGACUUUCGAUGCUGGCACGCAGGCAUGCCCAACGCGACGGAUGAGGAUCGAAUCAUGGUCGCCCAGAUCUGGAUG